AUGAGAUACACAACAGCACUCGCUAUCCUUCAAGUAACUUCAGCUUGGGGAAUUAAAGAUGUUCUUUUGCAAAAGAAAGCAGAUGAAACAGCAAAUGGAAUUGCUGGAACAGUUACCAAUGCAGUAGGAGGUGCUUUGGACACUGCCACUAGCGGAGCAGCUUCUGUUGCUGGUGCAGGUGCCAGUGGUGCCACUUCUGUUGCUGGUGCAGGUGUUAGCGGAGCCACUUCUGUAGGUGCUGCAGGUGCAAGUGGUGCUACUUCUGUUGCUGGCGCUGGCGCUAGUGGUGCAACCUCAGUUGGGGCUGCAGGUGCAAGCGGCGCAGCAUCAGUUGCUGGUGUAGGUGGUGACGAGACUGCCACAGAGGAUGGUGCUGGCUCAGAAGAAACAGAAGAAGGCGCUACUGGAACUGAAGGUGGCGCUGGUGCUUUGGAAACUGAAGAAGACGCUACUGGAACUGAGGAUGGUUCAGGCGCUUUGGAAACUGAAGAUGACUCAACUGCUACAGAAGAAGGUUCUGAAGAAACAAGUGGAAGUGGAAGUGGAAGUGGUGGUAUAAUUGGCGGUGGAAGUGGCUCUAGCAACUCUACUGGUUCUGGAGGUGCUGGUGGAAGCAGUGGAAGUGGAAGCAGUGGUAGUGGCAGCAGUGGAAGUGGUAGCAGUGGAAGUGGCAGCAGUGGAAGUACCAGUGGUAGCAGUGGUAGUGGCAGCAGUACUUCUGGUGGAAGUUCAGGUUCCGACUCCACUAGUGGAGACUCUGGAGCUGCAUACUUGGGCACUGGUGCCUUGGCUUAUGUUGCAGCUAUUGCAUUGCUUUAG